CACCCUUCCCACUGCCCCUUUCCUAUUUAAAGCUGAGCUACAACGACUCUUUCACCGACUCCAAAACAGCCAUCCAAAGCAUGGACCAAGUCAAGUUCAACAUGGACCACGGCCCUCAACACUUGUCUGAGGAAACUGUCAAGAUGCUGAUCCAGCGUUCUCAGGGGGCCAAGGAGCAAGCCUACUGUCGUUACAGCAACUUCAGAGUGGGAGCCGCUCUCCUGACGCCAGACAACCGUGUGAUUACAGGGUGCAAUGUGGAGAAUGCAUGUUACAACCUGGGUGUGUGUGCUGAAAGGAACGCUAUCGCAAAGGCUGUGUCGGAAGGCCACAGAAGUUUCAAGGCAAUUGCAAUUUCAAGUGACAUGAGUAAGGAGUUCAUCUCCCCGUGUGGCGGCUGCAGGCAGUUCAUGAGAGAGUUUGGAUCAAACUGGGACGUGUUCCUGACGAAGCCCGACGGCUCGUACCAGAGAAUGACUGUGGACCAGCUGCUACCGUUCGGCUUUGGCCCUGAACAACUACACGAAGAAAGAGUUUGAAACGCUCACAGACGCCUAAUAUACUUGAUAUUCAGUGCAUGAACAGUGUAUAACAUGCUCAUGAGUUCAUGGUCAGCAGUUCGAUUUAUGGUUCAUUUUAGCUCUCUAAUGAGCUUAUAUUUUUUCUGAUAUUAAUAUACACUUGAAGGUAGAUGUCAGAGUUGUAGCUUGAAAAUACAUUGUGCCUUAAUUAGUGAUCCAUGUAAUUACUUCCGUUAUAAUAUGAAAUGCUGCUCGUCUUGUUAUAGAUACACAUUUAGUUUAAGGAAGAAAAAAAAAAAAACACAGAAGAUUAGAUAUCAUAGCCACACAUUUUAAUAAAUAAACAUGAGUUCAAAUGA